ACGCUGCUGCUUUAAAAAGGAGCCUGGUUGCGGAGCGCUGACGUCACUGGCGUGUCGUACAUGUGGGUUUGACAUUCGGUAGAAUAUGCUGAUCACUGAUCACGGCCCCCGCUCAAAGGAGAUUCCCAAUAGUUAAGAGCAAUACAGAGGGGUUUUCCUCGGAAGCAAUAUCAUCCCACGCAAUUAGGAGCCGAGAUUCCUGCAAAACAAUCCCACAUCAACUCGUAAUCAAUCUAGAAUCGUCGUGUAUAGCAGCAGGAGCCAUGUCUGUAGCAGGGUUUAAGAAGCAGUUCCACAAAGCUACUCAGCAUCACCUGAAGAAACUGGAAGGCCGCCGUCUGGACUUCGACUACAAGAAGAAGCGUCAGGGCAAGGUGACGGACGACGAGAUCAAACAGGCUCUGGAGAAGUUUGACGAUACCAAGGAGAUCGCUGAGCUCAGCAUGUUCAACCUGUUGGAGAGUGAUCAGAUUGAACAGGUGAGCCAGCUAGCCGCACUGGUCCAAGCCCAGGUGGAGUACCAUCGUCAGUGUGCUGAGAUCCUCACCCAGCUGCAGUCCAAGAUGGAGGACCGGAUAAGGGAUUCCUCCAACAAGCCCAAGAAAGAGUUCAUACCUAAGCCGCGUCAGUCCUUGGACCUCUCUAGUGAAAACCACAAUGGAGCCAUCCAAGGAUCCAGGUCCCCAGCAACAAGGUCUCCAGCAAGGUCUCCAGCAAGGUCUCCAGCAAGGUCUCCAGCUCCCCUAGACCAGCCAUCCUGCAGGGCGCUGUAUGACUUCGACCCUGAGAACGAGGGCGAGCUGGGCUUCAAGGAGGGGGACAUCAUCACUCUCACCAACAAGAUCGACGACAACUGGUACGAGGGUAUGAUCCACGGCAGCUCUGGAUUUUUCCCCGUCAACUACGUGGAUAUCCUGGUGCCCCUGCCCUAAAGUCGUUGCCACGGCAACGGCGAAUCAGCAACAGCAGUUUUCCCAGGCGACAAAUCCUAAUCCUUGCAUCCCCAGCUCCCGCCACCCCCAAACAUUCCCGGAAACCCACCCUUUCACUCCGCUAAAAAGGAGAUCUAACUACAAUGAAGAUAUGAUGACGAAAUCGUCUGUGGCGUGAUCAACAACAGCAUGGUGUCACACCAACGAGUGCUAACGAAACAGACUUGAAAAAAAAUAUGGAAAAAUAAGCAAUGAUGCCGUUUUGAAUGCCAUCGUGGACAUUUACCAUCAAACCAAUAAAAUGCUGUGGUUGUUUUUUCUUUUGUUUCCAAAAAGAGUGUUUCUCGGUUUUGUCCUCAGAAGUUUUUUUUUUCCUUCAGGAGCUUCUACAGUUCCUCAAUCCUUGUCUUUCCUGGCUUCAUCUAGGUUUACAUUGGCUGUGUGUCUUUCAAAAUGGCCGUUACUAUCCUUCUCUGUACCUUGUGGAAACUUCUAGACUAGCAUAAUUUCCUCAUCGUCACAUAUUGUAGGCUACUAUUUCUGGGCGGUUAUCUGGUCCGUUAGAUCACGUUUAGGUCAUGUUUCACACUUUGUUAGACACUGUAGGUCAGGCAUGUUUUAGUGUUUUAUCUUAUCAGAUUUACUUCUUCUGAGUACGUUCAAGCUAAAUAUAUGUUAUUCCCGUUUGAAAAGGGUAGCCUUCUGUUUGCAUGCAUGGAUUGUUUCCUAGAGAGACCGUGUCCAUUUCAUGCUAAACAACAGAUUUAUGUUUAUGACGGAUCCCUUCACGUUUGUCUCGUAAUGGUUGCGGGCUUGGUCAAAGAGGUGGUUGGUAAAGAACUUGAAACCCUCUCAAUCACUGCGCUAAGGAGGGGAUAUCUUUUGAUGUGUCUUUUCAUACAGACCUAAACUGAGAGUGAGGUAUGUAAGGAUUCAGUGUGAUUUAAUCAAGGCACCAUAGUUAGACCAAACUGGCCACCUAUGCAGGAGGGUAGGCCUACAGCAGGGCUGAGUGGUGUCAAUGGCAGAUCUACUCGCUUUUCUAUCCGAGGGUGUAGUUCGUUUGCGAUCUACAUGGUUUUGUUGGGAUUCUAUAUCACACAAGUCCUCUGUGUGAUUUAGGUAUGUCUCAUGAUUACAUCUAGUGUAUUUGAGCCAAUGGUUAUAAAUUGGUGAUGAAUAUUUACGGAAACAAAAGACUAAAUUGUGUAGUUCAAUUGUUUUCUAAGUGGCGUAUAAGCAAAAACUGGAACCGUUUCCAUAAUAUAAAAUCAUGUUUAAAAACCUUCUCAAUGUGUAUUUUACCAAUGACGUGGAAAUAUUUGUGAAAAUGGUUGCUGUAUUGUGCUAUUUCAUAUAGGAGUUUACCGCUUAUCGGACUUAGCCUUAUUUUCUUCAACCGUUGGCGAAGUUGUUUUCACUGCAUCAGAAUGUCCUUUAAGUCAGAUAGACAAAUAACACUAUAUUGAAGACUAUAAGUCAUGGAAUCUGAUAGGACUAGCUUUAGCUGACAAUGCUCACGGACAAAUACUGUAUUACGAGGCCAAUGGAAUACACAAGCAAUGCUGUCUCAAUCAGAAAAGGGAACAUUUUAUAAAAAGUGAAAACGGUGGCAUAUUUAAUUCAAGGAUACUAACAUCAAUAACCAGAUGCAAAUUCCCCUACCCCUUUGUAUCUUACACUUUGUCUAGAUGUUGUCAGGCAAUCUAGGCAACUUCUCUCUGUCAGGAGUCUAGGUCUGAAAUAACCCAUUCAUACUGUAUGUGUACCUCUUACUGGUCCAUACUGUGUGUCUGUUUACUGAAGGGUCAUGGGAUCCUUAGUCCCUGGUUGAUUGUCCUUCCCUUGUCAUAUCCCAGGAAUGAAUGGCCGCACAUGUAACAAUACACAAUAUAAGGUACCAAAGCAACAGACUGUUGCAUAUAAUCAUCAUCAUUUGGUGGGAACAAGUGUGUAUUAAUAUGCAUGUGUGAGUUGGAAAUGUGUUUUUUUGCAUAUCCCACUCCCCCUGAAACACCCCGGGAGAGUGGGGUCACGGCCAGAGUCUACUAAAGCAAUUGGAUACUACUGUACACUCAACUCUGGCCUCUGGAUCUGUCUAGGUUUUCCUCAGCAUUUUGAGGACUUCAUUCACAGUGGUUUUCCCUUCUGCAAAUCCAAUGUGAAACUGUAUGUGUGUAACAGACAGGGCAAUAAGUGUUUCACCUAUUUAUCAUUGUUGUGUGACUGGGUGGGUGUGGUUUGGUUGGGCCAAGGUUGGUAUGUUUUUUGUGAAGGGAGAAGGGGUCGUAUGCGCCACAGGUGAUGUGGUCUACUGUGGUUUGUAUUUAUGAAGUGUACAUUUCAAUUUUUUCUGUCAGUAUUAUUUUUCCUUCAUUGAAAUCCUCUUGGGUGUAUAUUUGAUAAAGGACCGAUACAGUAUAGCGCAAUGAUACUAUUGUUGAAGCUGAACCAACCGAAAACCCAUCUAUAGCGUUAUUUUUUUUUAAAGGGAAGCACAACUUGAAACGGUCUCGUUUGUUGGCAGAAUAAGCAGAUUCGGCUUGGAACUGGCUGUGCGUUCAAGUUUUUUUAAAGGCUAUAUAUUUCCUUAAUUUUCUUUUCUCUAUCUUUUUUUAAACAAUUAUCGUGUGUAUCUUUGCCCUCAAUGAGGACUGUACAGCUUUUCAGUGAUUUUGUUUUCACCGUGUGUGUGUGUGUGUGUAGUAGCGCAUCUACGGUAUCGUAUUUUAUUUUUGUAACUGUGAUAAAGUACAUGCAUAUAUAUACAGUAAUUAUAUAGAACUAUUGUGAUGGGAGGGAUCAUUUGUGCUGCAGACAAUUGUCGUUUUUGGAUUCUUCGUUUGUUUUGGUUUCAUCCCUUGCACCGGAUUACAAGACAAUAUGCUUGAUGUUAAAAAUGACAAAAAUAUCUCAAUGUAAUUUAUUCAAAUAAACAACAAGGUUAGAAUUG